AUGCAAUCAUCGCAACGGUUGUAUCCCGGUUUGAAUGCGAUUACAUCUGCUACUACAAUGACACGUUAUUCACCUACCGGAACCGGAGCAACAACUGCAGCAGCUGCGUACCGUACCCGAAUGCCUAGUAAUUUUCAAACCAAUUCAAUUUUUGGCACUUUCGAUGAUACGCUAUUUCAAGCAAGAGCAGCACAAGCUGCUCUUGCCGAAAUUGACGUUAAAAAUGUCAACAUGGCUGCUAGUGGGAUGCUUCGACCAUCGGAUAUGUUUACCUAUCAUCCUACUGCAGCGUCACAUUUACCAUCAUCUGGUGAAUUUGAUUCAUCUACAAUUUCACAGAGUUCAAUUAUUGACUCAUCCAUGAAUCAUGCAGCUGAUUCAAUGGCCUCAUUACAGCAUGUAAUGGCAAUGCAACACUAUCCAACUGCACAAUUUUCUCAAUAUCCGAUACCAUCACCGUUUGCAACCGCUACUGCAGUUGUAGCAUCACAAAAAUUAGAUACAGAUCCACGUGAACUCGAACGUUUUGCGGAACAUUUUAAGCAAAGGCGUAUCAAAUUAGGUGUAACUCAAGCUGAUGUUGGAAAAGCUUUAGCACACCUAAAAAUGCCUGGUGUUGGUUCAUUGAGUCAAUCAACGAUUUGUCGAUUUGAAAGUCUUACAUUAUCACAUAACAAUAUGGUGGCGCUGAAACCUAUUUUACAUUCGUGGCUUGAAAAGGCCGAAGAAGUAACAAAAACGAAAGACAUAGCAGGUGAUGCACAAGGUAUUCUGCCAAAUAUGGAUAAGAAAAGGAAGCGAACAUCUAUUGCAGCACCUGAAAAACGCUUACUAGAAGAUUAUUUUCGACAGCAGCCACGACCAAGUGGUGAACGAAUUUCAGCAAUAGCCAGUAAACUCGAUUUGAAGAAAAAUGUUGUCAGAGUAUGGUUUUGUAAUCAGCGGCAAAAGCAAAAAAGGUCAGCUAUUGUUUACAAAUUUGAAAAGUAA